AUGUUGGAGGCACGGUUGGAACAGGCUAGCAUCCUGAAGAAGGUGGUUGAUGCCAUCAAGGACCUCGUCCAAGACUGCAACUUUGACUGCAAUGACUCCGGCAUCGCGCUGCAGGCCAUGGACAACUCGCACGUCGCCCUCGUGUCGAUGAUGCUCAAGGCCGAGGGCUUCUCGCCAUACCGAUGCGACCGCAACAUUGCUCUUGGUGUCAACCUGACGUCUCUCACAAAGGUGCUACGGGCCGCCCAGAACGAUGAUAUCUUGACGAUCAAGGCCGAGGACGCUCCCGAUGUCAUGAACCUGCUGUUCGAGAGCAGCGGAGAGGACCGCAUCAGCGAGUACGACCUCAAGCUCAUGGACAUUGACCAGGAGCACCUGGGCAUUCCUGAGACCGAGUAUGCGGCCACGAUUACCAUGCCUUCGGCCGAGUUCCGGAGAAUCUGCACAGAUCUGGCAGCCAUGUCAGAGUCAGUUGGUAUUGAGGCUUCCAAGGAUGGUGUCAAAUUCUCCUGCAACGGUGACAUUGGUAAUGGCUCCGUCACUCUGAGAAGCCACACCUCCGUCGAAAAGCCCGAGAGCAAUGUCGACAUUGAGUUGACAGAGCCCGUGUCCCUGACCUUUUCCCUCAAGUACCUGGUCAACUUCUGCAAGGCUGCUGUCCUGUCCACCCAGGUCAAGAUCUGCCUCUCCAGCGAGGUGCCGCUCUUGGUCGAGUACAACCUCUCCGGCAGCAGCUACCUGCGCUUCUACCUCGCACCAAAGAUUGGUGACGACGAGUAA